UCUCCAGCGGAUUUUAUUGACCUGUCAUUAUCAUGAUGAUGCUGCCCUUGACCACCAGCCUUCCUCGGCGCCCGGAUGAGGCUCCUAACUACGAGAUGGCCCCGAUGGAACAUAAAAACGAGUUCAACCCUUAUGUGGAUAACGGCGGGACCUGCAUUGCCGUCCCUGGGGCUGACUACUGUGUGGUAUCUACUGACAAUCGUGUUAGUAAGGGUUAUAGUAUUGCGACCAGAAAUGGAUCAAAGAUCACCAAAUUGACGGAGCGGUGUGUGAUUACUACUAGUGGUAUGUUGGCCGACCAGAUCACCCUUCACAAGGUGUUGAAAAACCGAGUGGCUCGCUAUGUACAUGAGCACAGGCGGGAGCCUACUAUCGGUGCUGUAGCGCAGAUGCUUUCCAACAUACUGUAUUACAAGAGGUUCUUCCCAUACUACACGUUCAACAUGAUUGCGGGUAUUGAUGAGAACGGGCAAGGGAAAGUAUACGGUUAUGAUGCUAUCGGCUCCUUUGAAUCCAUCCCUUGUGGUGCCCAAGGCAGUGGCAGCUCUCUGGUACAGAGCAUCCUUGAUAACCAGUUAACGAAAGCUCAUCAGCAGUUGGCUUCUCAUGAGGCGCUCACUGAAGGGCAGAUGGUCGAGUUGUGCAAGGAUGUAAUUGCCUCGGCUACGGAGCGGGACAUUCAUACUGGUGAUUCAAAUACGGUAUGCACAAUCGAUACCACCGGUAUCAAGAUACAGACCUUCGAACUUCGGAAGGAUUAAGUCGCUAGUGUUCGUCAUCAUCCCUCGCUAAUGUGUGUUGAUAAGUUUCGCUGAUGACCUUUGG